GAGCCGUAGACAGUACUUGCCCCGGUGGUAGAUCGUGAUGGGCCGAAGUGGUGCGGUACAAAAGCUGGGUGGGCGCGCAUCUUAUCUGAUCAUCUGGUUCUGGGCUUGUCCGGCGCUGUCACCACCACAGAAGCUAUGGGGCCUUCAAUCGAAGAGAGGGAUGCUAAUGCGGAGCUAGUGUCUCCUCAGUUGUCGGAAAUCAAAACUCAGGAUGUGGUGGAGGUGUCGCCGACCACUGACGGUUCAGAUGCGAACAGCGCGACGGAAAUCACUCAUGUGCCGCUGUACAUGAAGCUGCUGUCCGUCCUGAUGGUUUCGGCCAUUGGUUUCGGCGCGCAUUGGAGCAGCGGUGUCACCGGGGCCAUGAAGAAGACGCUGAAAAGGGAACUCCACAUCGACAACACGAAAUUCGCGCUGCUAGAGGCCAGUGAGGACUUCAUGGUCACGGUCCUGAUCAUGUUCAGCGGCCUGGCAACUGAUCGGGUCGGCGGAGCGGGUGCCAUGCUCUGGGGAAAUGCCCUUUUCACAGUCGGUUCCAUCUUGAUCGCUGCCGCUGCCACCGUCCGGUCUUUCAAGUUUAUGAUAUUCGGAAGGGUCGUCGCAGCCCUCGGCGACAUCGCGACACAGGUCGCCCAAUACAAGGUUUUCAGCUCGUGGUUUGCGCCGAAUCACGGUUUCGCAUCGACGCUGGGCCUGGAGCUGGGCAUCGGAAAGAUUGGCUCUUUCGUCGGCAAGUCGACGGCCAACAUCAUCGCGAAGAAGACGGGAGAUUUCAGCUGGGUGUUCUGGACGAGCGUCUUCAUGAACCUGUUCACCAACGUCGCGACCCUCAUUUUCUGGUUCUUCACGCGCUACGCCAACAAGCUCUACACGGGGCACGCGGACCCGGCGACCGGCGAACGGCUGACGGAGAAGAACAAGAAGUUUGAGGUCAAGAAGGCGCUGCAGCUGCCCUGGCCCUUCUGGUGCACAUUGCUCUUCUCUCUCUUCCAGACGAGCUGCGCCCUUGUCUUCUCGCAAAACUCGACGGAGCUGGCCGAGCAGCGCUUCAAUAUCUCCAGCGUCACAGCCGGGUGGUAUUCGGCGCUGUCGCAGUACGCAGGGUUCUUCCUCGUGCCAUGCAUCGGCGCCUUUGUCGACCUUUUCGGGAACCGGCUGACGCUAUUGUCCAUUUGCGGCUCGGGCAUGCUGCUGGCCAUGGUGCUCGUCACUUGGGCUCCAACGAGACCGGGCACGGGGGCGGCGUUUGGCAUCUACGCCAUCGCAUCGACCUUUGGCCCCACGGUGAUCAUCGACUCGAUCCGCACGGCCAUGUGGCACCAGGAGGUCUUCGGGUCGGCGUACGCAGCCAAGAUCCAAAUGAACAACAGCAUGAAUAUUAUAGUUCGGAUCGUGACGGGAGCGAUACAGGACCGAGACGACAACAGCUACGACCGCGUCGUCAUCGUCUACGUGAUUCUGGCGGCGGCAUCGGUGGCCGUGGCGGGCGGGCUGCUGGUGACGGGGUGGUUCAAGGUGGACUUGGGCCGGCUGCAGUGGACGAAGAAGCAGCGGCUGCGGCGGGGCGACGUGAUCAACGCGCAAAGGGAGCGGUUCGAGGAGGAGCGGGGCGAGCGCAACAGACGGGUCAGUCUGGGGUGUUUCGGGGCGCUGAGCGCGCUGGUGGCGGGCAGUUGGGCGGCGUACAUCUGGGGAGCGUGCACGGGGAACAACGGUCAUCAACAGUUACGUGAUGGUCUUCACGUGACGACCGGCGCCUUCCCCGCGCGCCCGCCAGCGCCAGCGCCAGCCCAAAGCCCGUUCGUUCGCCGCGAUCCCGGCGCGUUCUGGCGUCAAGAUGUCUGCCGUCUCUUUCUUCAUCCCCGCCUGGCGAACGUUGCUUUGUCGCAACCCGCGCCCCUGAUCUAUCCCUGUUGCGCUCGUCUGCGGUGGCCAUCCAGAUGCCCAGCCUCUCGGCUCCGCGCGUGCUCAGAAACAAACGACGUUUCGUCUAUGCACCCAUCCUCUUCGCUUUCCCGCCUCCCGGAUGGAUCCAUUGCCAACGUCCCGUCCUCGCUCUCUCCGCACCUUGAGCUCGCGCCCAACAACGGCUUCUCCACUGUUCCACACGACCAACACUCCCUGCCGUCGUACCAUUCCGUCCUGCAGCAAGCCCACCUACCCGUCCCUCACUCGACCGCUCGCGAAAGACCUCCCGACAUCCCGUUGGUUUGGCGGCAGGUGAGCGCCAAAGAGAUAUGAGGGAAGAGAUACAUGCAUCGGGGCUGCCUGAACUAACUCCUCUCGAGCCGCGGACGCAAACGACCCUUUCUAGUUGCCCUCCGGGAUCCGUCAGUCGUCGAGGAGAUUCCUUUCCUUUUCCAUCCGAUCGUCCGGCCAGCGCAAGCAGGCCCAAGCACCCUUUUCUGCAAGCUCUCUUGGAAGCCCAAUCCUCCAGCGAGGUCGCGCCAGCUUCUGACCCCAUACUUGCGGAUACGGAGGGGAACAGACCAGGAGAGGCUCACAAUUUGGCGCCGCGUGAUGUUGCCACUUCUCGGAGGUACGG